UUUAUGAAUCUGGUAUAUUUUAACAUAGUACUUCUUAUACUACUUGCACAAUUAUUAUGAAGUACUUUUACUGUGUACUUUUCGAAAAAAAAGUCUUAUUCUUGUUCUCUAGAGGGGACUUUGACAUUGGAUUACUGAAAAAGUACACAGUAAAAGUACUUCAUAUUAAUUGUGCAAGUAGUAUAAGAAGUACUAAGUCCAAAUAUUAAACUACUGUUGCCUUUAAUCACACCCUUUACUUUGAAAUCUGGACAGGAAGUACUCAUUGGUUGGAUUUGCAGGUAGCUUUAAUGUGCGCUGGAAAUAAAAUACUGUACAUAACGAAAGUUGUUAUUGAUUCGAUGUCGAUUCUGUUCAUUACCGGAAAUAAUGAAAGUAUUUCUGUGACAUUUAAAGAAGCUUCACUCCUCAAACAUGAAGGUCCUGAACUCAGAAGAACUACAGAUUGCUGAAGGAGUUCUGCUUAAACACUUACCCAAGAGUUUUAAGGUUUACGGUUUCCUAUAUGGGAUUAACAGGAAGAAACCAACCACAAAGGAGGUCAUCGUUGAUACAUGGCCUGACUUUAAGGUCAUCAUUUGCAGACCUGACCCCAAGAACAAGCACGCCCUGGACUUCAUGAAAAAGGUGGCUUACUACAGCACGGAUGAAGAGAUUUUAAGGAAAAUACUGACAGAGGAGAAUGCAAUUGACUGGAGCACUUAUUUUCUUAUUGGAGGAUGUGACAUUUCCCAUGUCCCUAUGCUCAAAGAAGUGUCUACUGACAGAGAAGUCAACAACCGAUGCUUGACCACGGUGCAUCUCCUGUAUUUGCCAGACAGCAGCCAUCUGCUCCCACCAGCAGUUGACAGUGAGCUUGAAUCGAGGAUUUCCACUCUUAACCUUUCCCACGUUGACUUGGUGAAUAAAACCUGGAAGUUCGGAGGGAACAAGCAGGGUUACAUGAUCAUUAAUAACCUCAUCAGCAACUUCCCAUCCUGCUGCAUCACUGACGACCAGGGCCAGCCGAUGUCCUGGAUUCUGGUGUAUGAUUACUGUGCAAUGGGCUUAAUGUACACUCUACCAGAGCACAGAGGGAGAGGCUACGCCAAAGUCCUGGUCAGCACCUUGGCAAAGAGGCUCCACGCUGAGGGCCACCCAGUGUACUGCUUCAUAGAGGAGGAGAACGAGGUCUCCUACAAGCUAUUUAAAAACCUGGGCUUCAUUGAGGAUCCCUCAUACAGGGCGCAAUGGUGGGAAUUGAAUGUAUAGCUGACUUAUUAUCAGGUAAACAUAAAUUGCAAGUGAAUGUUAUUGUGAUUAAAAUGUAAAUUGUAUAGGCUCUCCAAAGCAUUGCAUCAAAACCUGAACUGUUAUAAUGGUGGAUUCAUCCCUUGGUUUCUGUCGGCAUCGAACAAUUAUCAAAUGAUGUGCAUGAACACAUACAGUAUCACAGUACGGUACCAAUGUAAUAAUCAGUAACAAUGGCUCCCCAAAAUAAAGAUAAAUUAUGUCAUGCA